AUGAACCCUGCGUCAGACCGUCCCCGCAAUAUUAUUGCAACGCUGCACUCGGAACAUCACCACGACUCUAUCAUCUCUGCAGUGCGAAGAUUCAAUAAAGCAAACGAGUUGUGUCUGCUAAACUCGUGUCACAUGUGCUUAGUUGGCGAAAAAUACAAUAUCUAUGCAUCGGAACACCCAUGUAAGGCAGUAUACGCCGCGGCAAGACGAAGGACUAAAAUUAACCACUACAAAUUUGUCUGGGUAAAAUACGGUCUCGUCUAUGUUCGUAAAAAUGAAGAAUCCCCUGCUAUACUUAUAAGAGACACCAUCAAAGCUGCGGCCUAA